UAAGCGAUGUCUGGUGCUGUUCGGAGGUCGACGCGAAUCAAGAAGAAGCCUGCAUAUCUUCAAGAUUACGAGUGGGAAAAUAUCCGAGAAGAUCAACCUGAGAUGGAACCGAAGCAGCCACAAACAUUGGAUCUCCGUCCAGUUGACAGACUGACACAGUUGACUACGAGCGUGGACCGGAUGAAGCGCCUUGUAGACUGGGGCCGUCAGGCUAAUAGCAUCGUCGAGCAGUUAGAAGAUGAGGUCAUCGACCAGAUUGAAGAGCGUGCAGACGAGGCUCCUUCAAUGACGCCGUCAUUGCUUGCUCAGGGUGACCCAGACACCAGACACCAGAAACCAGAAGAAGAUAAUCUUCCUGAAGAUGAAGAAGAUGAAGACGACUUUGAUGACGCGAAGAGUGACCAGUCACAUCAGUCAACGCAGUCUAACCGUUCACAGUUGGCGAAAGUAAAGGCAGAGUUGGCGAUGCUGAAGGUCAAACAAGAGAAGCAGAGGUACGUCGAACAGCUGCGCAUCCAGGAAGCUCAACAGAAGUUGGCCUUGGCGAAGGCCGAGGAUGAGGCUGAGAGCGCGAAGUUAGAGGCUCAGCUGCUGGCCGAGUUGGAUGGCAGAGGCAUCGCUAAGCCUACCAUGCCUACCAAGCCUGUCGUCUUCACGUUACCGCCUAGAAAGCAAAGAGCGACUCAAUUUUUUCCUGUAGAUUUCAGCCCAGCAGGGGAAAAGCACCAGAUGACAGGGAAGAGACGGUCUGCAUCCGCACACAAUAGUUGGAUCCAGCAGGUUCAAGCUCAGGACCUGGCGAGCUUGAAGUUUCCUAUCCUAUCCAGCAGUAAUGAGAAGGUGGGUGAGAAGCCUGUUUUGCAGCCCUUUGGUGUCCUAGCAGCUUCAAAGUUGAACCCGAUUGACGAGUUAGUGCAGUCGAUUGAGGAAUCUACACCGAUGCCAAGACCACAGCAUUCCUCCACUCCAGCCAAAGAUGUUCCAGAAGUUACACCUGCCGAGACGAAAGAGAUACAGCGCUUCUUCCAGGGUCUGGCAAAACCUCAUCUACCGAAAUUCGAUGGCAACAGAGACCGAUUCGAAGACUGGAGGGCGAAGUAUUUGUUGAACAAUCUCAGGUACCAGUAA